AAAUUUGAUGAGAAUGAUUAUCAGUGAAUUUCUAAAUAUAUUUCUUAAUUAUCUUUUGCAUAUCUUUCUGUUUUCAGUGCCCCAGCUUAUCUAUGUAAAUAAUUAAAUUUUAUGUUUCUAGGCUUUAGACCUCAGUGGAGUUCCUUUAAAUCGAUAAUUAAUCAAUGUACUGUUUAUUUGCCAGUGUUAUCACAAAUAAAGGGGGACGGGUGAAAUACGUUAGGUUAAAUAAAAUGGAACAUUGGGAUACUACAUGGUUAUUGAGCAAAAGUUUAUUCAACUUUAUCUGACAUUUUAUGACCUUAAAUUCUUUUGUUUCUACAGUGAAAUCGUAAACAUUACUUACCAUUACAAGACGUUUAAAAUAUAAAAGAAUAGAGGUUGUAUCAUAAAAGUUUAAUAAUAAGGUAGGCAAAAGUUUCUAAAGUCAACGUACACAAUGGCGAAGGAAAUAGCUGUUGAAUAUAAUUACCUCGGUAAGACAGGAGUUCGAGUUUCAAAUCUAUGCCUUGGUACCAUGACGUUCGGAGACGGCGUAAUGCCAGUUCCAACCCAGCUCAAUGAAGAAAUGUCACACAAAUUGAUGGACAGAUAUUCUGAACUAGGAGGUAAUUUCCUAGACACCGCUGAUAUGUAUGGUAUCGGUGCGUCGGAGCGGGUGGUUGGCAGUUGGCUUAAAAAAAGCAAUCGCAGUAAAUUUGUCCUCGCAACAAAAGUGAGAUAUCAGACUGAUUUUAAAAACGUAAACAAAGUUGGCUUAAGCAGACGACAUAUUGUUGAAAGCUGCGAAGGAAGCCUGGAACGACUGCAAACAGACUACAUAGAUCUAUACCAGUCGCAUGCUUGGGAUAAUGGCACUCCGAUCGAAGAGACGCUGAGGACAUUUGACGAUCUCGUGAGAUGCGGGAAAAUACGAUAUUUUGGUGUUUGUAACGUCUGCGGAUGGCAGCUUCAAAAAAUUGCCGAUAAAAUUGAGAUGAUGGGCCUCAAUUCAUGUGCUACACUUCAGCAACAAUAUAAUCUACUUGCGCGGCAAUCUGAGUUUGAAGAAUUCAUGGUGUGUGAAAACGAAGGCAUUGGAGUCUUACCCUGGAGUCCAUUAAAAGGCGGACUUCUAACCGGGAAAUUUGAGGAAAACAAAACACCAGACGCAAAAGGAAGUAGAAUUGGAUUUAUCCAUCAAGACGAGUCUAAAGCAAUGCAAUGCGUGCCAGCAUGGAGUAAAUAUAACGAUGAUGGUAACUACUGGAAGCUUAUGGACGCCUUAAAAGAUAUAGCUAAAGAACAUGGUAAAACGGUCCCUCAGGUAUCACUCCGCUGGCUUCUACAGAAAGAUGUCGUCUGUUCAGUUAUUAUUGGAGCUACGUCUUUAAAACAACUUGAAGAUAAUAUGGGCGCAAGUACAGGAUGGGCACUGACAGACGAGGAGAUGUCACGGCUCGAUGACGUCAGUCCGAAAGUAACAAUGUAUCCAUACGAUGCGUACAAUAUGGGGACCAGGAGCUGAAUCCACUCAACCGAACUCAAUUCAAAGAUAACAGUGUCGGAAAUAAUGUGCAACAAAACAUGAUAUUUGUUUACAUAAUAUACUUUGUAUUAUGUUUUGUUAUUACGAAUGAAGAAGACGAAAAUCUGGUGAAAGUGUAAUCAUUCGGAAGCAUUAAUCACAACAAAAUUAUAUGAAAUUACAGACACGGUAUUUAGGUGGAUAUUCUUGUAAUUUUAAGCGAGACGCACGUUACCUCCUUUGUUUAUUCUCCUUGAAUGGAGCCAUUUCCAUCUUUGUAGUGAAAUCUUAAUGAUACAUUAAGUUUGCGGUAUUCUAAUGAUUAUAACACGACUACCAGAAGGGCAUUCGUUUUUUAAUUUAAUAAUGAAUACUAGCUAACUAUCUCAGCACCAAGAGUUCAUACCAUGAUUUGAUGUCCAUUUGGCACCCCAAAAAGGACUGUAGUCCAGAAAAAGUUGCAGAUUAUAAAAAAAACGACGUAAAAAGACAUGUAAAAGGGCGAUAUCUACGGAAGAG